AUGGUGAUUUCCUUGUGCAAGUUGAUGAGAGAGUAUACUAGGCUUUCGUACAGCUUUCUCUCAUCUGCUACAUAUUCUGAUAUAAUCUCAAAUCGUGAGGGUUAUUUUCGGGUUCUUGAUUUUCAUGAGAUGAAUAAUGCUGGAAAUCACCUCGUGGCAGCCAACUCUGUGUUCGAAGAUUAUUGUGAUGCUGAUGACGCCAUUCGUGGCCGAGAUGGGUAUGAUUUUGAUGGUCAUCGAUUGAGGGGGAGAGGAUCAUCGUACGAUCGCUAUAGUAAUUACAAUAGUGGAGGUAGUCGUAGUCUUCUUUCAAAGCGUUCUGACUAUAGAGUUUUGGUGACUCGCCUGCCUUCUUCAGCUUCAUGGCAAGACUUGAAGGAUCAUAUGCAUUGA